CGUCUUUUGAAACUGAAGCCGCAUCAGCUCAGCUGUUGGAAUUUUAAAUAACUGAAGGAAAGAAAACAAUAUGCUGUUUGCAAAGAUACUUAAGGACUUGGAACAGAAAACCUUUAUGAACUUCAGCCAUCCAAGAAAGAGAAAAAUCAUUUCCAAGUAACUAGGGUUGCAAGAUUUUCAAAAUAACAGUGAGAGACAAUCCAAAAUCAUGAUAUAGCAGCACAGUGCAGGAUCAAUAAUUGGAAUGUCCUGCUCUAAGCUGUACUCUGUUUGCCUACAUAUUAUUAACUGAUUGAUUGGUUUGAUUUAUAUACAUUUUUUCUCCCAAAUGGGACUCAAAGCAACUAGUCAACUUAAUAUAAUUGAAGUAUUAGUCUCUAAGACACCUCGAUUAGUCAUUUAUAUCCAACAAUUCUUCCCCUCCUCAGGGAACCUUGCCUUUCUCCUAUGGAGAAAAUAUGAAGAUACGCAGCAGUUUAGGAAUGCAUUGGAUAUGGUGACUGAUGUGGCUUUGUUCUGAAAUUGUGGAAAAUGCUCAGAUCACAGCAUCCAGAGCUUGAUAACUUUACUGUUAGAAUCGCACCACAGUUUCUCAAUCUGCUCUGGUGUCCUAUAAAGGCCCUUAGGAGUCAGUUACAGAAUAAAAAAGAAAAGAUUGAGAAAUCUGAUCAAGCAAAUGUUCUUUUUGCUGUUAGUUGAAGGUUUUGGCUAUGUGGCUCUACCUGGCUGCCCUUGUGGGGUUUUACUUCCUCCGCCGAUGGUACCGAGAAAGACAGACUGUGGAGAAACUAACAGAGAAAUAUGUCUUCAUCACUGGCUGUGACUCUGGCUUUGGAAACCAGCUUGCCAGGCAGCUGGAUGCCCGGGGCAUGCGAGUGUUGGCAGCCUGCUUUACCCAGAAAGGAGCAGAGCUGCUAGAGCGUGCCACAUCGGAACGGCUAAAAACCACCAUUUUGGAUGUCACCAGCACAGAAAGUAUAGUAGCAGCAACCGAGUGGGUGAAAGGAUGCACUGGCAAAAAAGGGCUCUGGGGCUUGGUGAACAAUGCAGGACUCUUGUACCCAAUAGGACCCAAUGAAUGGCUGACCAAGGCUGACUUCGCAAAGGUGUUGGAGGUCAACCUUCUUGGACCAAUUGACGUAACAUUGCACCUGCUGCCUCUAGUAAGGAAGGCCCAAGGAAGGGUGGUCAAUGUAAGCAGCAUUGCUGGAAGAUUUUCUUAUUGUGGAGGAGGAUACAGUCCUUCAAAAUUUGGCUUGGAAGCAUUCUCUGACAGUCUCAGGCGUGACUUACGUCCUUUUGGAGUCAGUGUCAGCAUCAUUGAACCAAGCGGCUUUAGUACAAACAUAAAUGAAGAUGCAAACAGUUCCUUCCGCACUAUAUGGAGCAAGUUGCCUACUGCGAUAAAAGAAGUCUAUGGACAGAACUACUUGAGAAACAUUUCCAAGACAUUUUUUGGGGCCAAAUGGGAGAAGAAAAACCUCUCUCUUGUCGUAGACUGUAUGGAGCAUGCACUGACCUCCUGCUAUCCUCGUAGCCGCUAUGCUGUUGGUUGGGAUGCCAAAUUGGUUUUCAUUCCUCUUUCCUAUUUGCCAACUUCACUUGUGGAUUAUAUUGUAACUUAUGGCAGCCCCAAACCAGACAAAGCCCUUUACUGAUCUUUGGCACACAACAUUUACAAGAGCCAAGGCAUACAAAAUGUGAAAAAUGUUGGGUGCUACAAAGUUUUCUAAUUACUUUUUUAAAAACUGCUGGACAAGCACAAGGGUGAAGCUGUUUAGUAGUAUCAGAUCCUUAUUUGCAUAACACUGAGAUUCAGAAGUCUUGAAAAGGAGUUGAAAUGUGUAUGUCACACAUCCCAAAAUAAACUUUAUCCUAUCCACUU